AUGGCAGCGAACUCUUCAGAUUUCAGGUACACCUACUUCAAGCUGUGGGCCAAGGGCCCUGCAGCGGCGCUGGCACUGCAGCACAGCGGUUUGGAGUGGGAAGGUGCCUUCCCCGAGGAUUGGAAGGCGCUGAAGCCCACGACGCCUUUCCUGGAGCUGCCCAUCCUCGAGACGCCUUCGGGGACGAUUGGCCACGAGCUCGCAAUCCUCAACUACAUCGGCCAGCAGUCUCAGAAAAUGGCCGGCGUCGAUCUGACUGAGUUCGCCAUCUCGCAGCAGCUGCUGAACCAGGCAGAGGACAUGUAUCAGAAGCUCAGCAAGCUCAAAUCUGGCCUCCUCUCAGGCGAGGAGGCUGACGCGUGCUGGACGGACGAGAACGAGCAGACGCACAACCGGAACUUUGGGUUCAAAGUCUACCUGAAGCUGCUGGAGGCGUUCUACAAGGCAUCCGGUGGCUCGGGGGGCAAGUUCACCACCUCGGGCGUGACGGUGGGUGAGUGCAAGCUCUUCUCCACGCUGCACGCCCUGAAGCUCAUCAAGGACAACAUUUUGGCAGACUACCCAGAGCUUGCGGGCUUCUAUGACCGCUUCGCUGGGGAGGAUGCGACACAAGCCAUACUGAAGGGCGAAGGUAAGAUGCCGGGCACGUUCGACCAGUACUUCAAGUUCUGA